CCCGGAUCGAUAGUUCCGCGAGGACGAGCGCGCGCGAAAUGGGCGUUUCCCAGGAGUCGACGCCUCCCGGGACCGCGCCCCACCGCACCAGUGAGCGCGGGAACGCCCGACGCGGGCCACCAUCCGACGCCGCCGCCGCGGUUCCACCGAGCGGACGCAGUCACCGUYGCCGUCACACUAUACCCGCUGCAGUAUCACAUCUUACGUCGCUCGCACUGCACACGACACAAGACUAUAUCGUCGUUCACGUCACAAUAAAUAAUAAAUCAUAAAAAUAAAUCGUCAACGCGUAUACCGAGCAGAGUCCGCAACGUCAUAUUAAUAUAUAAAUAUAUGUGUGUAUAGUUCUCGACGCGAUCUAUCCAUCUAUAAUAUACUCAAUCUUUUCGUUUUCUCGUCCGUCCGCGGCGUACACGGCGUGUUAUAUAAUAUAAUAAUAAUAAUAAAUUAUCGGAUCGGUCGUCGUCAUCAUGUCGUGACGCGAAAACGGUCCGCUACCGCCUCUGACCUGCAGCAGGUGACAUGCGACACGGURCCGGUGCAACAGCCGCAGAAGCCGCGAUGCUCGUGCCCCAGGACAUGCUGUCGGCCCAGACGAAGAUGUCGUACCAGCUGGGCAAGUUUUGGGCUGAACGGGUGAUGGCCCGAAAGACGGUCACGGCGAAAACGAUCCGCGAGGUAUGCAAGGUGGUGCAAGACGUGCUCCGGGAGGUWGAGUCCCAGGAGCCGCGGUUYAUAUCGUCUCUGGUCGAGUGCAACGGCAGGUACGAGGGCCUGGACGUGGUGUCGCCCACCGAAUUCGAGAUCGUGCUCUACCUGAACCAGAUGGGCGUGCUCAACUUCGUCGACGACGGGUCGCUGCCCGGGUGYGCGGUACUCAAGCUCAGCGACGGACGCAAACGGAGCAUGAGCCUGUGGGUCGAGUUCAUCACGGCKUCCGGAUACCUGUCGGCCCGCAAGAUCCGGUCCCGGUUCCAGACGCUGGUGGCGCAGGCGUGCGACAAGUGCGCGUACCGGGACUCGGUCAAGAUGAUCGCCGACACUAGCGAGGUGAAGCUCCGGAUCCGCGAACGGUACGUGGUGCAGAUCACGCCGUCGUUCAAGUGCGCCGGCAUAUGGCCCCGGUCGUCCGCCCACUGGCCGCUGCCGCAGAUCCCGUGGCCGCACCCCAACCUGGUUGCCGAGGUCAAGACCGAGGGUUUCGACCUGCUGUCCAAGGAGUGCGUGACACUGCACGGCAAGCAGUCGGCGCUCGAGGGCGACGCGUGGGUCAUGUCGUUCGUGGACGUCGAGAACCGGCUCAUGUACGGCGGCUGCCGCAAGCGGUGCCUGAGCGUGCUCAAGACGCUCAGGGACCGGCACCUGGACCUGCCCGGGAACCCGGUCACCAACUACCACAUCAAGACGCUGCUGCUGUACGAGUGCGAGAAACACCCGCUCGAAGUGGAAUGGGACGAACUGUGCUUGGGCGAUCGCAUCAACGGCAUACUGCUGCAGCUCAUCUCGUGCCUGCAGUGCCGACGGUGCCCGCACUAUUUCCUGCCGCACGUCGACCUUUUCAAGGGCAAGGCGCCCGGCAGUCUGGAGAAUGCGGCCAAGCAGACGUGGAGGCUAACCAGAGAGUUACUCACCAAUUCCAGGGCUUUCGACAAGCUGUGACGCGCGCCGCAACCACAACAUCACGCAUCAUAUGCGAUAGUAUAUGUUUGAAAAAAAAUAUAAAGGUAUACAAACGACACGCGCCUGCAUAAUGCACUUAUCRUCCAUUUAUCGCGCAUCGUCAUCUCCUCCGCCGCCGCCCCCGCCGUCAUCGCUGGCGAGGUUUUUAUUACGUUUUGUUAUACGUCAUACGUCUUUCUUACAUUAUAUUUAUUGGAUUUUUUUGUCCCGUUCAUUCGGCUCUCGUCGUUCUUCUGCCGCGAGGAGACAACCGCCAACCGAACUGUAUCGUGUGUUUGGUAGGUAUAUAAUAUAUUAUAUAAUUAUCAUAUUAUAUAUUAGUUCUGUUUUUUCAUCAUAUUGAGCGUAAAUGUGCUUAGGUGUUAAUAGGUAUCGCGAUAUUAUAUAACCAUUAUAAGACCAUCCCAUAUAAACUUAUAUAAUAUUUGAAAUAAGUGUAUAGAUAAUAUACCUAUAUAUAUAUAUACGCGAGCGCCACGUGAUUUAUCACUUUAAUAUAUUCGAUAUACGAUACGAUUUUGUUUUUUGUUUUGUUUUUUUUUAAUUGUUUUUAAAUAUCAUUACAACGCUUUGUUGUUCACCUCGAAAAUCGAAACAUUCUACACAAUAUAUAUUUUUUUCAACGAGGUUCACAGAUAUAAAAUUAUUAUACAUUUAUGUCCUAUUACGCUUAACCUACCUAUAUAUAUGCCUAUAUUAUACCUCCAUAGAUAGGUAUCGCGCAUGCAAUUAUUUUUUGUUUAUUCGAAAAGUUCUGAUUAUUAUGUACACAUUAUAUUGUAAACACAUGAAGUGAUGACGAUUCAUCGUAAUAAGUGGAUAUAGUUUGUUUACAAGUAUUUAUCAGAAGACGAUUGUUAACUCAAAUUCUCGAUACUAUAUACCUAUAUAUAUACCUUAUUGUUACCUAUAUAAUCCAUAUAAUAUUAAUUAUUAUUAUGUACAAAAUGUGUUCAAUUAUAUUUUUUGUCGAAAUUAUUUUUAUGUAUAUAUUAUUUGUAUAUGUCGAUUAUAUAUAGCAUUACAGCCUCAUUGCAAUAACCUCAACGAUAAAUACCUAUACUGUAUUUACUAUUGAUGUUUAGUUUUUGCUAUUUAAUAUAAAAUAUACGUCAUA